CUCUCAUUCACAUCAUCUACAACCAACAGGAUGAACUCACAAAUCUUGAAUAUGGCCCUGGUAAUGGGCUCAAUGCAGAUUACCAAUCGUCUGGAUUUAGAGGACAUGUCAACGAAGCAACUCAUCUUGGGCAGCUAUGUGGCUUCUCAGCUGAUCAUUCUCAGCAUCUCUUAUAUGAUUCAACGUCGGAUUCUCUCCAAAAAGGAUACCACUGUCCUCAAAUACUUGGAGCAACCAAAACCAUUGUCGAGUGAGGAGCCUAAAGUGAUCACGACAACGAAUAUGGAGUACGAUCUGGAACAGAAUGGUCAGGCUCAAAAACAAGCCAUCUUUGGUUUGGCCCUCAUGGUCUUUUUACAUUUCCAGUUUGGUGUCAUCCGUCCUCUUGUCGUGCAAUCGAUCUUGCCUCUCAAGAACGCAGUGCAGUCCAAAGUUGCUCAGAUUUAUUUGUUUGAUAAGCCUGCUGAAGGAGAAUUGAAGAGACCUUGGAAGGCUGAGAAUCCCUUUGCGGCUCUGACGGGCGCCACUGGUGCUGGCGCAAAUGAACCUCGUCCUGAAGCAGCUGAACAGGCUGCUAUCAAGGAAGCUGAGAGCAAAGCUUCAGAUUCCAAGCAAGAGUCCAAGAAGGAUCUUUAAGAAGACGAAUAAAACUCCUUUGAUUCUGUUCACCUUUUUUUUUAUUUUUUAUUUUUUAUUUUUUAUUUUAAUCCUUUUUAUACUUAUGAUACCGGCUCCUUGUACCGAUUACUUUUUUAAUGAUCUUUGUUAAACUCAGCAUUUCAUAAACAAGAAUAAAACUUGAAAGGACAAA